UUAGUUAAUAAAAAAAAAUAUUUGUUUUAAGAUUUUAUAUAUUUAUUAUCACUAUGUUACAACUGGCAAUUUAAUACAGAAAUGCAACAAACUCAUGUUAAGUAUCAAGUAUUUGAAAAUAAUCAAUGCUCAUCAAAAGUUAUGUUUCCUUUGGUCAGAGAAGUAUUAUGGAAUCGUACACCUUUAUGCGAUCCAUUGUCAAUAAAUUUCACUGAACCAUUUAAAAAAUGGAACUUCAUCAUUGACUAUAGAACUCUAAAUAUUGCUUACAAACAGCUGCAAAUACAUGGAAACAAUUUUUCAGGAUUUUUUAUUGGUGAUAUUGUGUCUCAAAGUAAUGAUCCUCUUUUAGUUCAUGUUGAUCGAUUUGAUCCUGGAAGAGAUGGACAAGUAACAAUUGAAGGUGUUUUUAAAAAUGUUCGAGUGCCAACAUCAACAUUACCUGGAAACAUAUGCAUUCCUGUUAAUCUUUGUCACAAGUCAUAUAACAAUUGUGAAUCCACACAAUUACAUUCUUUUAAAGAUUUUAAAGCAUCAAUAUUAUCUAUCAAAAGUUGGCUUUCUCGUAAAGAGAAACUCAAUGCUUCCAACCUAGUUUCAAUGAAAAUGAAAUGUUUAUUCUUUUCUGAAGAGAACGAGGUUCAAGUUUUAAUUUCAUGUGGUUGCAUAACCAGUGCAGACACUUUUUCUGUUCAAAGUAUAAGUUCAAUACCAGUUAUACAAACCGCUUUGGCUCGUAACUUAUGUGGAACUUUGGGUGAUAAGUAUACACAUGUGCAAACAGGCUUUAUAACAAUGGAUCAAACACGCAAGCUUUUGCUUUUGGUAGAAACUGAUCCUAAAGUUUAUUUAUUGCCUUUAGUUGGAGUUUGGCUAAGUGGUGUGGAUGUUACAGAUCAUUUAGUAUUGGCCUCAAUUUUAAGAUUUAUUUACAACAAGCAUAUUGUAGAAAGAGUCAGUGUUCCUACAUGUACCUACCUUUUGGUUUUGUUUCCAGCUCAUUCUGUUGAACCAAAAUUCUUUGAGUUUUUUCAAGUAAAUGCUGGAAAUACAUUUCAAUUGUUGGAGUUUUUUGAAAAUGUUAAAAUUGAGCUACAUAAAAACACAACAGAGAGUGAAUAUCAUUUUGAGUUGAAAUUAUCGAAAAGUGGUUUGGAUGCAGAAAACUUAUCAGAAGCACUAUCAGACUUUAAUGCUGUCACAGAAGAUGCAGAAGAGAAGUAUGUAAAUAUGGUUGGUAAAUUGCAUCAAAAUUGUUCUUUGGAUGAUUCAUUACCUUCUUUAUCUCCUGUUCCUCAUAUUUUACAGAUCAAGCAAUCAGUUACACCUUCAGUACCAGAUCUCUCCCUUUGUGAUUCAUCUGUAAAUGAAGAACAUAAAAAUGAAACUCCAGAAAAUAACCCAAGUACACUUGAAUCUCAACCCACCUGUGAUAAAAGUUUUAUUGAUAAAAGGCUGAACAUGCUUCCUCGUCAGACAAAAGCCAGUUUAGCUCGGAUUAGCAUGAGUAAAAAUCCUAAAGCUGUUAGCAAGAUGGCUACAGAUAAAAAGCAUAAUUUAGCUAUUAAGUUCAAAAAUAUAGAUCCAAAGAAAAAUGAAACAAUAAAUUUGCAUGUUCAAAAAAACAAAGUUUUAGAAGCAGAUACAUCAGUAUUACAGCAUGACGAUUCUGUAAAGCUUCCUCCUAACUUUUUUAAUAACACGUCACACAAAACUAAAAAUAUUGAACAUUCAUCAAGUUUACCUUCUCUUAACAUUCUAGAUAAAACAACAUUCACUACAACACCAUACACUACAACACCAUACACUACAACACAUACAUCUUCUCUUAAUACUUUAGAUAAAACAACAUAUGCUACAACACCAUACACAGGCAAAAAUGUGGAAUAUACAUCAAAAAACUAUGUGAACUUGGAAGAUGAUAAAAGUUUUAUUUUUGAUGAUAAAAAUAAAAGUUUUGCAGAGCCAAAAAAUAUAAAUAAAAAUUUCUCUCAAAAUGAAGGAUUCCAAGAUCCAAAAUAUUUUGCAGAUUCUAAUUCAGAUGAUAGAUCUCAAAAUAAGUUCAAAACACAAAGUAUUACUCAAGAUUUGAAUUCUAAAAAUAACUCUUUGAUUGAUGAUAAAAAUAUACCUGAUUAUUUGAAUUAUCAUAAUGGUUAUAAACAAGACAAUGAUUUACUACUAGAGUUAGUUAUAUCGCAACAAAAACAGUUGGCUGAUUUGCAGUCACAGCUAACUUUAUUUUUGAACAAUGAAAAAUCGCAAAAAGUUGCUGAAAAAAACAACAGUGUCGAUGAAACAAUUAAAGCUGUCCAGAUAAAACAACAAGAACAAUUGGACGAUUUACAAAAAAAGCUGCAACUGUUUUUAGAUUCAGCUUCAUCUAAAUCUACUAGUUCUAUAGAAAAUAUCGGUGUCCAGUGCAAUAUGGUGUCACCUGAAAAAAUAUCAACUGCAACAAAUACAGGAAGUAGUUUACUGUGUGAAGAAGCUUCAACCACUAAUAAUACAAAGAAAAACAUUUGUCCACACUGCUGCAGUUGUUCAAGAAAAAAAAGUUUGAGACAUUCACACUCAAUUGGCAAAAGAAAUUCGUUACAGAAUAAUAAUUCAAUGUUUUUAUCAGCUGAUUUAUCUGAUCUUAAAAAAGAUGAUAUACAAGUAGCUUUAAAUAAUACAGGCACUUCUGGUGUGACGCUCGCAUCCUCCUUGCAGGCAGUGGAUCUCCCUGUAUUUGAUGAUGGUCAGGAUAGCUGUGUUUCUCAAAAUAGUGAUGAGUGGAAUCGAAGUCCGAUGCUUGGUGAAAGUGCUAGUAUGUUAAUAGAUCAACAGAAUCAAUUAAAUGCUGUUAAAAAGCAGGCGGAAAGUGUAAUAGAGAAUGAUACAGGAAGUUAUAAUAAUCACUUUUACUCACAAAUGAUGGAACACGUUAAACAAAUGAUUUGUGCUCAAAAUAUCUCAGUAUCAUCAAGUAAUUCAGAUGACGCAUCUGAUUCGAAUAAGGUUUUAUUAUCGAAGACAUCUCCGAAAGUUAACAUGGUAAAAUCAGUGACAUCUUCGAGUAUUGAUACGGUUAAUUUAGCAACAUCUACAAAUAAUACGGUGAAGUUAGCUACAGAAGCUCAAUUGCAAAAGAUCAUUAAUCAACCAUUCGAAGUUCGGAUGCAAUCUAUAUCAACAGGCGCAAUCUACAAUCACCCUAAAAUUAACUAUCAUUCGAUGUCUGUAGACGAAACACUAAGCGAGUAUUCACAAAAUGAUAUUGAUGUCAUAGCUGCAAAGUAUCUUCCUGUUACGGACUUACGUGCUGAACUACGCAACAAAACAGUAACUUUUGAAGGUGUUGUAGAAAGUAACACAACAAGUGUUAAUUUUUCAUGCAAUAUGAGUAUAGCUUCUAAAAGGUAUCUCCAAAGAUAUCAACUCAAUGAAGAAAAAAAUGAUUUCAUAAAUAAACCAAUUGUUAGACCUUCAGUUGAUGCGAACGAAACAGUUAAUCGUGAAAUCAAGAAAUCCCAUGUUGGUAAAGAAAAUAUAUUAGACAUGAAAAAGAUAAGAAAUCUUCCAAAAUUAAUUUGAUAAAUAAAUUUAAAAAUUUUUUGCCCAGCUUAAAAAACUUUUUA